GUUCCGGCCCUGAAAGGCCCGGCGUGGAGGAAGAAGCCUUCUUUUCGGCGCCGGCCAUCUUGUCGCUGAGGCGGGUGAGUCGCGCCGCCCGCCCGCAGGCCGCCUGUCCUCAGCACGCGACCCUCCUCUCUGUCUCCGUCUCUCCGUGUGUUUCAGGACCGAGCCCGGGAACAUGGUGGCCGCCAAGAAGACGAAAAAGUCGCUGGAGUCCAUUAACUCUAGGCUCCAGCUGGUUAUGAAGAGUGGCAAGUAUGUGCUGGGCUACAAACAGACGCUGAAAAUGAUCAGGCAAGGCAAAGCCAAACUGGUUAUCCUGGCCAACAACUGCCCGGCUUUAAGAAAAUCAGAGAUUGAGUACUAUGCCAUGUUGGCCAAGACCGGGGUCCAUCAUUACAGUGGAAACAAUAUCGAAUUGGGCACAGCCUGCGGAAAAUACUAUAGAGUUUGCACUCUGGCAAUCAUCGAUCCAGGUGAUUCUGACAUCAUUAGGAGCAUGCCAGAACAGACCAGUGAGAAGUAACCUUGACAAAAAAAAGUGCUCUUUAAUAAAACGGGGCCAAGCUUGUAU